AUAUACCAUGAUGAUCGAAGCGAGUGAUGUCAUAUUUUCACACACGCUCGUAUCGCAACGGGGCCUUACGGGUAGGAAUGGACACACCUUUUCCCGCAGCGGUCUUCCGAACGAACCGAAGGUGAUUAUUACAAACUCGAACAUCAAAUUCAUCGAUAUCCAUCGAUAAGAAAACCAGAAAUAUUUCUCUACGAUCAAUGUGAUUAUAGAGUGAAUAACUUUUGACUUGGCAGUACAUGUUCUCUCGACAAUGAAGCCCCGCGCUGAAAUGACCAAAUUAUGGUAGCAAUAUCAAUGCAGUUCACACCGCUAGCUCUGGAUGGGUUGGUACAGUGACGUUGUCAGACGAUGAUUGGCUGCAAAUGUGAUUCGUCAUAUCCUCUAUAUCCAAUCAGAGAUUGUUCUACAUUGUUGCGACAUUACAUCAAAGGGAAUAACCUCAAGACCGGAAUGGCAACUGGUGAAACCUACCCCAUUGACGAAAAUCACCGUGAAAAUAAGAUAUCGAUGAAGGGUCCAGGUUUUCGUUUUGACGCUACAUUCAGUACGACGAAGUUCUCCUGUGAAGUAGAAAUCGUGCUGCAAAUGCAGAAAGAAAAGGAGAUCGUGACAAACAUGGAUGUACAGGAAGAAACAAAUAUCAGUGUGGAACUGGACACUGCUCCAGAAAAAACUUCGGGAUCAGGGACACUUGACGAAGAACCAAUGUCUUGGUCUUCUGUGGACUGAUGGAGGGAGACAAGGUUUUCUUGUAUUUUCAGAGGAUCAUCGCGGAUCACAUUUUUUUUUUGUUGGGAGAGGGGGUUGUAGGGUGGGUUAGACAAUGGAUCUGAUGAAACGAGACAAUGUUUUCUGGGAUUACCAGAAGAAUGAUCAUGAUCACAUUCUUUAAUUUGUAAUUUGGAAAGGGGGUGGGGAGGGGUAGAUUGUAAGACAAUGGAUCUAAUGAAGGAAGACAACACUGUAAAAACGUUGUUUAAAAUUUUGAGCACGUUGUUUCAGCCCGUCACUCUAACAUCUACCGUUUAAACUUUUUCAACAACUGUUUAAACUUUUUAAACAACUGUUUAACUUUUUUAAACAAGUUGUUUAAACAGUUUAAACUUGUUGUUAGAGUGACAGGCUUAAACGACGUUUUUUUGUACUGUGAAUGUUCCCUUGGAUUAUCAGGUCAGUGAUCGUGAUCACAUUCUUUAGUUGGGAGAGGGGAUGAGGGUGUAUGGUAUUAGAUUUGAUAGAGGGAGGAAAGGUUCUGUUGGAUCAACAGAGGAACGAUCGCCAUUACUUUACAAAUUGCAUAUAUCCACAAUUUUCUUAAAUAAACACCUGAAAUAUCUUACUAUAUUUUGCAUGUGCUGCAUUUAAUUGACUACGAUUUCCCCCAAUUAAUUACCAUACAUGUAUGAUAUGCUAAAAGCAACGCGUUUUUUUUUUCAUGGUCUACGCCAGGGUAUUUUAAUGGGAGGGGUGCCGAAACAUAAUUUUUACAUUCUUUUAUCCAUGUAUGUUCGACAGAAGAAAUUCUGAAACAUAUUUUGUUACAGAACAGUACAUUAUUUUUUUAUUUAAAAUAACAUUUAUAAUGCUCGCUGAAGUAUGUUGUUGUUAAAUAUUAUUUGUCUUAAUUAAUUUUGCAACGUUUAUGUGUUGAUGUAUUUUUUUCUUAUUUGUAAGACGUAUUUUUUUAAGGUUUAAUGGAUAAAUUAAAUUAUGUGUAAUGUAUAGUUCGUAUAAUUCAGUAAUUUAAUAUUUGUACAGCGCAUAGAGAGUCUCUUGACUAUUAUGCAUAUUAUUACAUAAUGUAAAUAAAAAAUAUCUUGUUCAUAUUUGCGUAUAAACAAUGAAAGCGGUACUCCAUGCUGACAAUAAUUUUAUCUACAAAAUAAAGUAAAAUUUACUGAGCAAAAUGCUGAGAAUAUCAUCAAAAUCCGACAGUAUAGCAAUAAUUUGUGAAAACAGUUUAUGCACAUCGCCAUGAAUAUUCAUUAGGUGCCACGAUGAUAUCACAUCCCUGCUUUCCCUUUUCCUAUAUAUGCUCUAAGAUGAAAUCAUAAUUAUUUCAGAUUUUCAUACAUGUUUAUAUGACAGCCCCUCCCCCGUAUAAUAAAUGAAUUGCAGAAAUAAAUAUUUCAUGCAUUAAAUCAAAUUGCAAUAUAUUUUUCUUUUUAGUUCUUUGAGGAAUAUUACAUCAUUAGUGUGCUUAUUGAAUAUUCAUAAAGACAUGCAUGGAAAUGAUUCACCGAAAAAAUGCACAUUUUUAAAAUGCCAUAAUGUUGAUAUUUUGCGCCCGAUUUUUGAUGAAAUUUUCAGUGCUGUGGUUGUCUGGUUUUUCUUUAUCUGUCCAAAUCAUAUUAUUUUCAGUCUGGAGUAUCCCUUUAAUAGGCUCUGUGUCGAUUAUUCAUAUCUAUACUUACUCUGGAUACAUUAUCAUGAGAAGGUUUAAUAUGGCGGAAGCGAGGUAAUUAUACCUUUCUUGAACGUGAAGUUGAACCUUCAUUGUGGUGUCAGGAAUGAAACAGUGACUGAAAUGAUUAAAAUAGUGAUAUAUUCCAUGUGAAUAAAAUUGCAAGUGAUUGCACAUUUAUUCCUCUUGAGUGUAAUCCAUGUGAAAUUAUGAAGCAAUAUUAUGUAAUAUUUUUAUGCUGAAUGUCCAAACAGCUGUCGUUUAUACGUUUGAAUAUAAAAUACUGGUAGUCGAGCUUAAUUCG